UUUCUAGUGUUCGCCACACGUGGCGCUGAUGUAGAAAUCAUCCCCUUUUCUGUUUCUUCUUCAGAGAUAACUCUCUUUCGGUCGUUUUUCACCGAUUUUCACGUGUUCUUUUGCAUUUUUGCACCAAUUUUUCAUGUAAAUAAUGGCAAUAAAGUAUGUCUGUGGCGAUUUUCUUGAAUUUCAAGAGUCCCUGAAGAAGAUGCGAGAGGUAGAUGAUAAGAUCAUCUAUGCACUGAACACAAGUAUACCCACUGAGUCAUUCAAAGGGCAAGUAGACGCAAAAGGAACAUGCCAGGGCUUAUUCCGGCAACUCCAGGAAGCCCACAAUCAAAGAGAUCAGGCCAUUAGGAACUGCAUUGUUGUAGCAGCUGACAGGGUAAAAGUUCUACGUGAAGAAAGAGAUCAAAACAGAGACGAUAUAGCGCUAGAUAAAUCAUUUAAAGCGGAGCAGCGAAAGUUGCGGUUACUGCAAUCUGAACUGAAUGUUGAGGAUAUUGUUAAGGACAGAACACUAAAGGCAUUUUCGGAACGUUGUCGGCUGUUCUUCAAGCCGCCGGAUUCCCUGUGAGGGAACUUUUCUUCCCAAAUUGGGAAGAGAAGUAGGGACUACAUGGACUUUUUGAUAGAUUUCCUAGACUUUUUCUAUUAUUGCCAAUAACAAAUUAUGGUUUAAAAAUGCAA